AUGAAGGCAGCGAGCGGCGUUCGCAUGGUUGCUGGCGACGGAGAGAACAGCUACGCCGCGAACUCCAGGAUCCCAGAGAAGGCCAUUUUGGAGUCAAGGCUGGUGCUUCGCAAGGUCACAGAAGAGGUGUAUAGGUCGCUCCCCGACCAACAGAGCACGAUGGUCGUUGCUGACCUUGGCUGCUCAUCAGGUCCAAACACUCUGCGCUUCGUCUCAGAGGUGUUGCACGCGAUCCAGGCCUGCACCCCGCAGUCGGAAGAACAACCGCGUGGCGUGGAGGUGCAGUUCUUCCUGAAUGACCUGCCAGGGAACGACUUCAACCUCGUCUUCCGUUCACUGGAACAGUUUCAGAAUCUCGUUGGGAAAGAGACGCCGCCAUUCUAUGUCGCUGGGCUCCCAGGAUCAUACUACACCAAGCUUUUCCCUUGUGGGAGCGUCCAUAUCUUCCACUCGUGCUUCGCCCUAAUGUUUCGCUCCAAGGUCCCCGAGGAGAUCACAAGUUGCACUCACCUGAACGAAGGCAAUAUCUACAUUGGAAAGAGUAGUUCACCUAUUGUUAUUAAGUUGUUCCAAGAACAAUUCAAAAAGGACUUUGAGAUGUUCCUUACAUUGCGCGCCAGGGAGCUUGUCGAUGGGGGCCGAAUGUUGCUCACAUUUAUUGGACGAAAGAGUGAAGAGAUGAUGUUGACGGAUGGAGAUGUUAGCACCAUGUUUGAAUUGGUUUCCAAAUCACUCCAGUUUUUAGUACAAAAGGGCCAUGUGAAGAAGGAGAAGCUGGACUCAUUCAACCUGCCAUACUACACCCCAUCCAUGAACGAGGUUCAGGAGUUGAUCAACAGGAGUGAGCACUUUGACAUCGAGCACUUCAGACUCUUUGAAUCCAAUUGGGAUCCUGAGGAUGACUCAGACAAUGACACAGUACUAGACUCUGCCAGCAGUGGGGUAAAUGUGGCCAAGAGCAUGAGGGCAAUGCUGGAGCCGAUGGUUGUAGACCACUUCGGGGAGCACAUUAUUGAGGAGUUGUUUGUGGUGUAUGCCUCCUUCGUUGCAAAGCAUCUAGAGCGACCAACGAAGGCCAAGUUUCCCAUCAUCACGGUGUCCUUGAUGAAGACAAUUAAUUAA